AUGGAGCUUUCGAGUCAAGAAGGAGAAAUCCCAAUCCCAAUAAACAGCACUACGUAUGGUGGGGGACAUGGUAAUGGACACGGUCAUGGUCUUAUGAUUCACCAUGACCCUCCACACCACAACCACAUUAUCUCCUCCACGGCACCUUCAAACGGCACACCUACUAUGCAGCAGGAGGAUCAUGGGUACAAGAAAGUGGUGAGGUACAGAGAAUGCCUGAAGAACCAUGCAGCGGCCAUGGGAGGGAAUGCCACUGAUGGGUGUGGAGAGUUCAUGCCAAGUGGAGAAGAAGGCACCAUAGAGGCACUCAACUGCUCAGCCUGCCAUUGCCACAGAAACUUCCACAGAAAGGAAGUGGAGGGUGAGCCCUCUUCAUGUGACUACCACCCCUUCAACAGAAGAAGACUCAUUCUAGGCCCUCACAAGAACCUCCUCCCUCCCGAGGCUCUUGGCUACCCUACAGGUAACAUCCUUCCUUCUAGAAGUGUCCCGCCACACCAGAUGAUAAUGCCCUACAGCAUUGGUCACCUCCCUUCAGAAUCUGAUGAGCAAGAAGACGGCGGAGGAAUGGUGCAGCCUAGAUCCUCCCAGCUAGUGAAGAAAAGGUUCAGGACAAAGUUCACCCAGGAGCAGAAGGAGAAAAUGCUCAACUUUGCAGAGAAGGUGGGGUGGAAAAUCCAGAAGCAAGAGGAGUCUGUGGUGCAACAGUUCUGCCAAGAGAUUGGGGUUAAGAGAAGAGUGCUCAAGGUUUGGAUGCACAACAAUAAGCACAAUCUCGCCAAAAAGAACCCCCCUACUGCAUCAGCUUAA